CUGUAGACAUACGAAAUAGUCCCCAAAUGUCCAUAACUUCGCAUUAUGUCAGUAUUUUGAUACGUUUGAAUGCAAACGUUUUUGAAUGUACUUUUACGUUUGUUAAACGUACAUGUAAUUAUUUUGUUGGAUAUUUUUACGUUCAACAAGAUUUUAGCCUUUAUUCGAGUCGCGGAAGGAAUUUCGAGCCACGGCUACUGUGAGUGGUGCAUUUCGCUAGGGACCUAGGCUAACUUGCCAGCUGUAAUAUGUUAGCUAGCUGGAAAACGGUUUCAUUGUUGCUAUCUAGUCAUUUAGCUUAUUAUUAUUAUUAUUAUGGUCGCUGAUCUGUUUCGCUGGGUAAUAUGUUUGUCGAUUUAGUGAAUGUAUUGUUAAAGUUAGCUUGCCAAGAAACUCUGAGCUAACGUUAGCUAGCCAUUUUGUAACGUAAAUGUGAACUUGUAUUUCACUAACGUCAGAGUCGGUUUAUAAAGGUGUUAAAUUGCUUUAACUUCGUUUUAAUAUGCACUUGUUGGAUGUAUAGCGUCAAUAACUUCCAAGCUACAACGCCUGUUGCAUAACCUUUCCUCGCUAGCACUUGUUUAAACUUUUGUGUGAUCAUCAGUCGUUGCCUGGUUUGUCAGCCUUUUGGCCUUUAUUGAAUGCAUUAUCGACCCAAUUUGAUCAACUGUUAUUGACAACAGUUGAGUGAUUUCUUGGUGUAGAUGACAGACCCCACUUAAGGUGCUUCCAGUCCUUUCUGUUGAAGGUAGUUAACGUUAAGUUCAGAGUUGAAAAUGGACAACUUGACUCUACUGGAGGCCUCGUGUCUUUCUCCAAUGAGCAACAUCACAUCACCCUUGGAUUUCACCCUGCUCACACCCUCCCAACUGGGUAUCUCCACUCAAAGCUUCACGCCAUCUUCUAAAGUCAAAGGUAAUUCAGACAGAAGAAAAAAAUCUUGCCUAGCUCAGCUGAAGGUGAAGCGGAGGUCCAAUGUUGGGGUACGGAGUUCACCAGAGACCAACUCCCUAAUCCGCUACAUUGCCCAACAAAGGAUGAAAACUCCCCCCACAACACCACAGGAUACCCAAGCCAUCCCCUUCUUUCCCAGAGUCCCCUCUACUCUAAAGCAGAAGAUGGCCAUCUUCCAGAGCAUUAUGAAUGUGGAGGAGAAUGAAGAUCACACGGGGGGAUGCAUCAAGACAAGAGAUGUUCUGUCUGGUGGUGGGUGGAGCUGUGAUAGUGAUGGGAAGGAGAACAUGUCCCCAGUGAGCCAGCAUCCCUCUCUGACUUCCCCACCCAGUAAGAGGUGCUGCACAGCACGCACUCUGGGGGAGUGUGUGGAGGAGAUUAGGGAGGCCACCACUCCUGUCCUCAAACGCACUGCCACCAUACUCAAGCAGCAACAGAACACGGAGGUUGCAGUUGUCCAGGACAAGGACCAUCAGCCAGCUCUCAAUGUAGAACCUGCUAGUGUGUCUCUGUUACCAGCCCUGGGUACUGAUGCUGUGUCCCAGAUCACCCAGGGCAAGCCACAGCCCUCUCCUAUGUUGCAGCAGCACUGCACUCCCACCAAGGAGGAGCAGGACCAGGAGUGCUCUUUUGAACUGCACAGCCCCAGCCAACCUCUGGUUUUGCAUUCAGGACGAGUCAGGACAACUCUGCCCCAGCUGUUCGCCAUGCCAUCUCUUUUGGAGAUGAACCCCAGGGAUGAAGCUGAUGGUGGCAACGUUAACUCCACUAUGAAGAAGCAGGUGCGUUUCGGGAUCCUGUUGCCCCCUGAACUCUUUGACAAGAACCUUCCCCCCAGCACCCCUCUACGGAAGGGGGGAACCCCGGUCCGCGCCCCAACAUCUGCCGGGGGGUCCCAGCUGAGGUCACUGCUGAAGACACCCUUAACCCUGGCCCGGCCGGACUUCAGCAGCCCCUCUCUAACUGGAGCCUCCCCACCCCUCACUAUGGGACCCUGCUGUGGGGAACAGGAGAGCACCCACACUCAGGGAAAGAUCCCUUUCCCUUCAAUGGAAGAAGAUGUUGACAGUUCAUGGAUGGACAAUGCAGAGCUGGAGACUGGACCUCUGGAUCUGACCUCAGCUUUUCAAGAGGAGGACUCUGUUUGUGAGGAAAUGCCAGAUGCUGCCCCAGUGCCUGACCCUGCCCUGGAGCCAGAACCAGCCGCCACAGCCUGCUCUCGCAGCAGAAAGAGAAAGCAACCAGAGGAGAAGAGUGAGCCUGUGAAGAAGAGGUCGUCUCGUACGGCUGCCAAGUCUGCCUGUGGGAGGAUGAAGAACUCAGCAAAGCAUUGCUUUGGGAAGAAGGCGGUGGACCGUUCUCUGUAUGGGAAGAGAGACUAUGCAUCCAAGAACCCUACCCUCAGUCCCAUCACGGAGAUCCUGUCCUCCCUUAGCCACUCUCCUCAACACCCCCACAACUGCAAACCCACAGCCAAAGAAGACUCCAUCCUAUUAGAAGAUGACUUUAACAGUGACCCCGUCACAGCUGCAGCCCUGUGGUCAAGCUGCUUCUGCCCCCCGGUCAGUGAGGACUCACCAGAAGACACCACCUCAGCUGCAGAGCCCUCUGAUGGGCCUUCAGUAGACUGCCAGAGCCCUGUAGGCUCCACCACCACAGACAGCUCUGGGACUGGAAGAGCAGCACAGAUCUGGAGAAGAUGGUCAGGUCCAACAAAGACCUCCAGAACCAAAAGGCAGAGUGUUAUUAGAGUAGGUAGAGGGAAGGGCAGGAAGGUCAGUGUUCCUGUUGAUAACUGGCUGAGUGAAGAGACCGAGGAGCAGGUAGAGAACUUUGAUACAGAACAAGACCCAACAGAAACAAUCCAGCCAGAGGUUUUAGUGUCCAGCCCAGCCAAGCACACAGUACCUGGUAACAGAGAGGGUGAACCUAAUACACACUGUACCUCAGACCCUGUAGAUACAGAUCAAUGCACUGGCACACUUCCAGAUGCAGGUAGGAGUGGGGAUAGUCCAGCUAGAGCAGACACUGAUACUGCUACACCCUGCCCUCCUCCAGAUGAGGUUAGCACCACAGUGGCUCCCUCAGAGCAGAAGGCAGUGAGCCAUGUAGAACAGAGUCCAAACAAAGGCGGGCAGAGAGGAGCAGCUCAGGGCCCAGGCCGCUCCAGAGGUAGAAGGAGCUCUAUAUACGCCAGCUCAGUCAUAGAGGAGGAGCAGGCUUCCCAGCCAAAUGGGCCACAGGCAGUGGAGAAUGAUAACCACGGGUCAGGAAUGGAGCUGGGUAACAUUAUAGAACAGGCCUCCACCUCCUACCCAGAAUCCCUCCUUCCCCCCUGGGCACAGGAGGAGUUCAACAUUGAUGAUGUGCUAAGGCCUCUCCCCUGCAGGGGGCAUCAGUCUGUCCGCCGCAGCCUGAGGAACCAGAGCAGCACCCUGGAGGCCUCUGGCCUGGCCUGGCUACCCCACACCUCUCCGGACUCCAGUAGUGCUGUCUGCAGGAAGACCAGGCGCAGACGCAGCUCCAUCCAGGCUCUACUACACCCUCCCCUGGAAGAAGUGAAUCACACUGACCUAUGAGCCACUCCAAUGCUAGCCUGUCCACUACCUGUACACUGGCUGUGAAUGACAUGGCACCCUAUUCACUACGAAGGUCCUUAUUUUUUUUUUACUGGGGUUGGCCAUUUCCACCUGCUUUUGAUAGCUAUUGGUUGUUGUGAGUUUUAUAAAGCACUUUUUUUGUUUUUAGUAAUUAAGUAGUAUAAAUAGAACAAGAUCUACCUUUUAAUGUGAUUUAACAGUUUGGCAGUUGUCAUUUACCAAGGCUUAUGGGAGUAGGAGAUGUACAGACAGUGCAUAGUUUUACUCUUUGAAUGUGUACCUGCUGUAUUCAUUAAAUAAAAUGGGGCUCUUCCAAACUAU